AUGAAGGUUCAUAAAUUGUUAUUUCUUAGCUCUACAGUGGCUGCAAUUGCAGUGAAUAAUGGCUGUGCCAAGAAUGAAACAGAUAGAGUUGGCGCUAAUGGUUCAGAUAAAAUGAAGAUUAAACAUCUGUUUUCUUUUCCGAUUUUCAAGUUUAAGCUCAAGUUGCCAUUUCAAAACACUGACCCCGGCUCAUUACCACCAGGACAAGUUGGAAGCGUAGAAGAGGCCGAGAAGAGCUCUUCUAUUGAUAAGGAAUGGAAGUUUCAGCCAGAUGUUACAGAAGAUGCUACUCAACCGUCUGAAUACAAAGAAGAUGCCAAUGAUAAUGACGGUUGUGACGGUUCAGAUAAAGAAGAACCAUCACUGCCUUCAGCCCUUCCAUUCAAAGGAUUCAGUGAUAUGUUUAUGGAAAUGAUGAACGUAGGAAAGGAUUUGACUUUGGAAAAAAUUGAAGUGUUGAAAGAUAUAUUGUUUUUGAUUGAUCGAAUCAAAGAGCAAUCCAGAGAGGAGAACACUCCUGAAAACGAAAAAGUCGAUUCAGACACUCCUGAACAUGCGAAUGUGGAUGAAAAUAGUACUAACUCCGCUGAGAAUGGUAAUCUCUCGCCCUCAAUUGCAACUCAGGGAUCAUCAGAUGCAAAAAUUGAUGUUUGGAGAUUUUCUACUGAUCGAGGAAUGAUCGGUCAAUUGCUGAAAAGGCAUGAUAUCUCACCUGAAGACUUAAACAAUAUGAUCAAGUUGGGGGACUUGAAGAGAUUUUUAAAAAAGAACAAGUCAAAGGGUAACAAAGCUGAUGAGAAUGAACACGAUACUGUUGUAGACAAGCAGUAUGAUGGCCUAGAAGGAUCCCUAGUCAAGCUUGAAGACGAAGAGAAAGAGGUCGAGGCGGAGGACGAGGACGCAAAAUUCGACUUGACUGAUCUUAGUAAAUUGAAAGAAAAGCUUAGUAUGUCUGGUAAGGCAAACGAUGAAGGUGACACAACGUCUAAAUUAAAAAACAUUUUCAAAAAAGGUGGCGAUAAAAAGAAGCAAACAGACCAGCAGGAAAAAGAAGGCGGGAGUUCUAAAAUUAAAUCGCAUUUCAAAAAGGAUUCCACACUUGUUAUUUCAACGCUAGUUACUACAAUCACAACUGUCGUGAAUUCAGAGACUCAGACACCCGAAGAGGAUUGCCCUGAAGAUAAGAACCAGUCCAAACCAAAGCUCUACCCUUAUUUGCACCCCAAGGGGGAGGAAUACCCAGAAGGGUUGUAUGAUGGUGACUUAGUUUCAGAGAAGGAGGAGUGCGAAGACGACGAGUCCAUCAAUGUACCACUCAAUUUAAGAGAGAAAACCACUUUAAAGGUCCUUGGCGUUAAAGAAAAAGAGAAAGCUGGAGAAAAGACUCAAAUUGAUAAGCUUUCUUUUGUGAAACGAGAUGGCAAGGAACAAGUGGAAUCAGAGUUUACAGAUAAAGAAUCAACCCCUACAGCUGGAGAGUUUGAAGAUUCUGACGAUUCUGACUACGACGAUGAUGGAAAUGACGACAAGCUUGAAAAAAAGAAAAGCAGAUGGUCUUGGAGUUCAAUUUUUGGUUUCGGAAAAAACAGGAAAGAGGAAGAGCCGUCGCCAGAUGAACCAAAAUUUGAGUCAACUUGGUUGUUCAAAAAUAAGCUAAGAUUGAAGAAGGGAAAAUCAAAACCUGUACCUACCAUUACAACGACAACCGUUUUAAAUACAUCACGACCGACAGACGAUGGAACCGAAAAUGAAGAAGAGGAUGAUCCUGAUUGCCCCAAGGAAAAGAAGGAAAGGUUGAGAAGAGAAAAUGAAGAGAAGCUCAGAAAGAAGAAAGAAGCACUAAAGAAUGAAAAGAAAGUGCUUAAGGAGAAACUAAAAAAAGUUCCAAAAUCGAGUUCAAAAGGCGCUCCCAAGAAAGUAGCAUCUACAGGUAGUGGUUUUGGUAAAUUGUUGACACCAUCAACAGUUGAAACUAUUUUUGAAUCCCCCUCCUUGAAGUUGAAACCAGUACAGGGUGCUACAACUCCAAUAAGCCUGGUCACUUCUGAAAAACGAAAGAACCUCUUGUUGCUUAUUCCAGAUGAAGGUGAUGCUAAGCUUUUAACUCCCGAAGAAUUUGCUAGUGCAGCUUCUGACUUUGAUCAGGCGCUAAUUGUAAAGGUUGCAUACAAGACGGUCCAAACCGCUUACAAAAUCGCAAAGGAGAAGCAAUCAGAUAUAAGUAAUGAUACUACAGAGGGGACUGAUGUUGAUGAAGCCGACGAAUUAACUACCCGUGAGCACGUUAUGAAGCAGAAGCAAUCGGUCGAGAAGGCAUUUAAGAACAGAAAAACUAUUGAGGAGACUGUAUCAACAUUUUUUGGAGGAAGCAAUGGUGCUGUCAAUAGUUCGGGCGCGAGUUAUGACGAAGAUAUUGCUAACGAUAAAGAAAAAAGCAUUGAUGAUUUCAAAUUUGGAGAUUAUGACUCAUUUGAAGCUCAUAACGCUACUCCCUCCGAUGAUCUUGAAGUGGAUGAAGGCAUUGCGAGGGUGUUUGAUUCUUUGAAACAAUCUGGGUUGAUCAAUAACAUUCUCAUUUUGUCAUUAAAGGACCAGUUAGUUAGAAACUCGUUAAUGGAUUUGACUAUUGAAAAUCUUAAAAACAACCAAAUCUCAUGGGAUGAAUGGUUGAUGGCAAUACAGGCUCAUGGAUUGGACAUUGAUGUUGACAAAUUUACAUUUGCUAAGCCUGAAAUUGGCAAGCUUUUGUCAAAACUGGUUUUGGAUGCAAUUCCAGUGUUGAUUCAGAAAGGUUUUCUAACUAGAUUAGAUGUUAUUCAAGAAUUAUCUUUUGGAGAAGGGCAAUUGGACCGGGAGAAUUCUAUUGCUGAGACUAAUGAAUCUGAAGAAGGUGAAGAAGUCCAUCUCGGUGACGUUAAGCACGAGUCCAGACAUGCCAAAUCGGAAAAGGGACACUUGGAAAAACAUCAUUCCCUGAGAAACUUUAACCUGACUACUGACCAUACCGUGGAACACCACGAAGAAGAGAAUAAGAAGUUUGAAAAGGAGGAUCAUGUAAAACACCUAUUGGGACAGGAUUUUAAAAAGGAUGGUCACGAAAAUAUAUACAAUGAUGCCAAAACGGAAUAUUCUGAAAUAUUAAAGGAUGAAGAAGGGGUUUACAAGAAGAAUAGUAAGAAUGAAGCUUUGCAGCACCACAAGGAAAAGUAUCGUGAGAAAAACAAAUCAGGUGAAUUCAAAGAAGAACGUAUUGAAAGUGAUCGUCAUGAGCAGAAAAAGGAAAAACUUGAGCAAGAUUUUCAAUUAGGUAAUUCUAAAGGAAACUUGGACAAGCGUCACGAAAUUGUGCGUUCAGAAGAGAGUAUCCACAAGAAGGUGACUGAAAAACAUCAAUUUGAUUUACUGGAACAAUUUGAAGAUGGGACAAACAAAAGUAAUAAGGAGCGUCACAAGGAGGAUGAGUCUAGUUUCAUCAAAAACCAUCAUGAAUUGAAUCAUCAUGAGGAGGAUCAUCAAAAUGUCGAUUAUGUGAAAGAUCUCCACGAACUCGAUCAAACUGUGAAGGAGAAGGAACACCACAAGGAUUACUUCCGCGAUUUAAACCACAAGAAAAGACACGCGAUUGAUCAUAACGAGGAUGAUAAUCACAAGGAAAUUACUGAACAUCAUAAAUCUGACUUCAAAGAACAUCUGAAUGAUGGAUCCAAUAAGCACACAAUGCAAGUUCAUAAUGAGGAUAAUUUCCAAGUAGUUAAAGAUGAACACGAAUUGAAUCAUGAUGAGCAAAAUCAUGGGGAUGCUGAGUCGUCAAAAGAUGUACAUAAUUUAGAUCAGUUUAUCACCGAAAAGGAACAUCACAAGAAAUAUGAAAAGAAUACAAACCACGGAGUAUCCUUACAUCUCACUCGCCGUGACGAGCUCAACCAACACGACAAUCUCAUAAUUGAUAAGGGCUUAAAAUCAUCAAACACAUUCGCCAACGACCGUGCCAAAGAUCACUACGAAUCAAGUCGUACAUUAGGUGGCCAACUUCAUUCCAAAGAACAUUACGCUAAGGAACACCAUGAAAAAGAACGUCAUGAAACAGCACCUGGUGUAGAACAAUACGAAAAGGAGAAUCACGAUAAGGAAGAGCAUGCGAAAGAGAAUCCCGAAUUGGGUCCACAAGAACAUGAACAAGUGUUUAAGGAACAUGGUAAAGUAGGUAAUAAACUAGCGUCAAGUAAUGAUGCUAGUGUUGAGAAGGAAUCUAGAUUGAAUAUGAAGCUGAAUGGACCACUUCAAAUUACUCCACCUGUUUCUGUCCAAGUUGUGCUUCCCGUCAUUGGAUAG